AUGGCUCUCGAUCGAUUAAAGCAGAUUUAUCGGUCAUGCCUCUUCCAAAUCAUCAUUGUUGGGCUUGUAGCCUUCUGUGAGCCUGGCAUUUGGACAGCACUGAAUAACCUCGGCGCUGGAGGAAACGCAUCGCCGUUUCUAAACAAUGCCGCGAAUGCCCUUACCUAUGGGCUCAUGUCUGUUGGCUGUUUCAUAGCCGGAGGCGUAACGAACAAGAUCACAGCAAAAUGGACUUUGUUUAUCGGUGCUGCAUUUUACACACCAUACGCUGCAGGGCUCUAUUGCAAUAACCGCUAUGGAAACCAGUGGUUUCUACUGCUUGGGGCUGGUCUCUGCGGUAUUGGAGCAUCGCUUCUAUGGGCAAGUGAGGCAGCCAUCGCCGUCGGCUACCCGGAGGCGGAAAAGAGAGGCCGAUACGUUGGAAUUUGGAUGGGCAUCCGGCAAAUGGGCCCUCUUGUCGGUGGCGCAAUCUCUUUGGCAUUGAACAUCAAGACUUCUCAAAAAGGCAAGGUCACUUACACCACCUACUUGGGCCUUGUCGCGAUCUCGUCUCUCGGAGCGCCGCUCGCGUUGCUUCUGUCACAGCCUCAAAAGGUUGUCAGAACCGAUGGCACCAAAAUUCCUUACAUGAAGAAAACCAACUUCGCUACCGAAGCACGCGCAAUCUGGAAACAGCUGAGAAACAAGUACAUGCUACUGUUGAUUCCCGUAUUCUUGGCUGGGCAAUUUGGCACCACGUACCAAGGCAAUUACCUCACAACUUACUUCACGGUUCGGUCCAGAGCUCUGGCAUCGUUUCUCACGGCAGUUGUGGGCGCAGCCGCAAACAUAAUCACUGGCGCAAUUCUGGAUGUCAAAAGAUUCGAGAGGUCAGCAAAGUCAAAGGCCGUUUACAUUCUCGUCCUGGUUUUCAUCACUGCUGCUUGGAUCUGGAAUGCCGUGAUUGAGAUUCGUCUAUCUUCCAUGGUCGAUCCUCCAUCCUUUGACCUCGGCGAUGGAUCUUUCUUCAACUCCGCCUUUGCGGUCUACAUGUUCUUCAAGUUUUUCUAUGAGAUGCUGCAGACGUACAUCUACUGGCUCAUGGCCGAGAUCAAAGGCGCACAGGGAGACGGAGACAUUGCAAGGACUACAGGCAUUCUCAGAUCUUGGGAGUCUAUCGGAAGCACGAUUGCAUAUGCCGUGGGAGCGACGCAUUGGCCGAACAAGAACCAAAUGAUUUUGGGGUUUUCUUUGUGGGCUAUUACCAUCCCCUUUACGCUUCUUGCCGUCUUUGGAAACUGGAAUCAAGGUGGGAAUGAUGAGUUAGAAAGCUCGGAUGAAACAGGGAGUGAUGUAGAAAGAGUUACGGUGCAGGGCAAGAGAGAUGAUGUGUGA